AUGGCAUUUUCAUCCGCUCUUGUGCUUACAGAUUUAAAUGACUACAUUGCUCCUUCUCAAGCAUGUAUCAAACCUGUGGAAGUAGAGAAAUCAGAAAAUAAAGGACCUAGCGAGAUCAAGGUAGAUGGAGAAGGUGCUUACUAUGAAAUUUCUCAAGAUGGCGGAGAAGAGAAACUCGAAUCAGCAUCCAUCUCACUCAACGAUUGCUUAGCUUGCAGUGGCUGCGUCACAUCUGCUGAAAGUGUCUUGAUUUCUAUGCAAUCUCAAGACGAACUGUUCAAGAUAUUGCAAGACAACAAGCUUGCCAUCGAGCAAAAUCAACCACACAACCACCGCACUAUUGUUAUUUCUAUCAGCCCUCAAUCUCGAGCCUCACUCGCCGCCAAAUAUCAAUUGACACCUCUGCAAGUGCACCACAAGCUGGUCUAUUUCUUCAAGCACUUUUUGGGUGCUCACCAUGUCUUUGAUACAGCAUUCACACAGGAUUUGUCGUUGGUCGAAUCAGCCAGAGAGUUUGUAGAUCGAUUUAAACGAUACAUGCAAAAUGGAGGCGAAGCAUUGGAAGCAGCCAUGCAACAGGCGGAUAAAGAGAAACAGGCGCUAGCAGAGGAAGGGAAACCCAAGGUGAGAGCAAGAAGAGCAAGAGCCAACAAAUCCAGUGAGAGUGCAGCACCUGUCAAUCAAGAUUUGCCUAUGCUGGCCUCCUCCUGUCCUGGCUGGGUAUGUUAUGCUGAAAAAACGCACGGCGAAGUGUUACCAUACAUUACUGCUGCCAAAUCACCUCAACAAAUGAUGGGAUCGCUUGUCAAGGAUUACUUUGCAAAGAAAUCUGGAUUAACCCCAGAUCAAAUAUACCACGUUUCUAUUAUGCCUUGCUACGAUAAAAAACUAGAAGCCAGUCGACCUGAUUUCUUUUUAGAGCAGUAUAACACCAGAGAAGUGGAUUGUGUAUUAACAACCAGCGAAAUUGACAAGAUGCUGAUUGAACAAAACCUGGAUUUCAGACAGAUGACAGAAAGUCCCAUCGACGACAUGUUCAACAAGGUGGGUAUCAAUCCUGCUACUCAGAUCGAGACCGUGUACGGCGUAUCUGGUUCUUCGUCAGGAGGUGGUUUAGAAUACAUAUUUGCUACAGCUGCCAGAGAGCUUUUCAACAUUCAUAACGUGCCCAAUGAUCCGCUGAAUAUUGCAUCUGCCAAUGUCAUUGUCAAGACUGGUAAAAAUGCCGAUGUCAAGGAAUACUCAUUGGUGGCAGAGGAUGGACGUAUUUUGCUGCGAUUUGCAACUGCUUAUGGGUUCCGUAAUAUUCAAAAUGUGGUACGAAAAAUCAAGAGUGGCAACUCCAAUUAUCAUUACAUUGAGGUCAUGGCAUGCCCUGGUGGUUGUGCCAAUGGUGGAGGACAGCUACCAGCUGCUGUGGACAGUGAGCAAGUGGUGAAUGCCAAGGAUUGGGUGGGCCACGUCGAGGAUAUUUAUCGAUCUUCGCAAGGUGUUAAGCCAGAGGAUAAUGAAAUUAUCAAGGCCCUGUACAGUGAAUGGAUUGUGGAUCCAUGCAGCGAAAGAGCACAUCAGCUUUUGCGUACACAAUAUCAUGCAGUAACUCAAAAUCUAGGCAAUCCAUUGGCAACCAAGUGGUAG